CCAGCCCUUGAAGAAAGACGUCGGUGCCUACAAAUUCUACCGUUGAUACAGCAGCUACGAAUCCUAUUUUUCUCGUCUCUUCGCGCGGUACAUCCUGCUUGCUAAGCCCUACGACGAGCUCCCGGCAGCUCCAAGAGCAGCCCACCAUGCCGAUUGAUUACAGCAGAUUCGAUGCGAUUGAAGUGAGCGACGACUCUGAUAUCGAAGUCCACCCCAACGUCGACAAGCGGUCUUUCAUCCGAGCGAAGCAGAACCAGAUCCACGCGGAGCGCCAGCAGCGGAAGAACCGCAUCACGGCCCUCAAGUAUGAGCGGGUGAUCAACAGCGCUUUGCUGGGACGGGUGGUGUCUCUCUUGGACAAUCUGAAGGCCAAUGCCUCUGAAGCCGCUACCGGGAACCAGGCCCAGGUUGCCUUCAAGGCUGUCCUUACCACUGCCGGCGAUCCCAAGGACGACCAGCCGCCCCCGCGACCAGAGGGCGUCUUCAGCGAUGACCAGCCCAUGCCGACAUACUCAAAAAUGCUGAUGCAGCUGUUGGACCAAGUGAACAAGACUCUCGAUGAGAAGAAGGUCGAGGAUCGGUACACGGGAAUGCUUGAAGAGAUGCAGGUGCACGUGGAUAAGAUUAAGGAGCUACAGAAAGAACAAGCGGCCGAGCUGGAGAAGCUCGAGAAGGAAGAGGGGCAAAAGAUUACGAGUGACAAUAUUCGCGACGGAUUCAACAGCUCACAUGUGAAUAAGUCAGGCCCCUCGGAGAAGAAGGAGGAUACAAAGGUGGAGCUGCUGAACCCCAACUUUUCUGGAUAUGACCGGGCGUCUUCAUCAGACAAGGUUGCGGUGGAUGACGAUGACGAGAUAGAGGCAUCGCCAGCGGCCAAGAAGUUUGGCGCAAUCAACGCCAGCGACUAUUCAACUAGCUUAAAGUUCCUGGCUCAGAACCCUGAGAUCUUGACGGAGCGAGAGACGGACGGAUUGCUUGUGCUUGCGUUUGACGCAGCUCUGGAGCGAAAGGAUGAUUUGGCUCGCCAGCUUGUUCACCAAGCACUAUUACUGCAAUAUUGCCGUGCGCUGGGCAAAGAUGGCGUGGCGCUCUUCUUCAAGCGCAUCACCACAAAGGGUCAUCAGGCACAGGAUGUCUUUUACAAGGACGUCCAGGAGACAUACAUGAGAAUCAAGAACAGGUCUCUGGAAAUCAUUGCUGAGCGGGCCAAGGAGCCAGCAGAGGGUGUCGAGCAGAUCCAGCUACAUGCUGUGGAGCCUGGCACCAGUAUUCAGAUCAAGGUUCCUCCUGCCGUGAGUGAUGACGCAGACACCCAGGCUGCCCGGAAGAUUUACGAAAGCUUUGAUCCUGAAAUGAGGAAGGCCCUCGAGACGGGCGAAUUGGACGAGGUCAACAAGGUAUUGGGGAACAUGAAGAUUGACGCGGCGGAGGAGCUGGUGGGUCUCUUUGGAGAGGCCAAUAUCCUCAGUCUUGAAGAAGAACUGAUUGAUGCGACGACAGAAGAGGGACAGAAGCAGCUUCGAGAUUUGGAGGCAGCGGCAGCAGCUGAUAGAAAAGCUGCAGCAGAGGCAGAGGCAGAGGCAGAGGCAGAGACGGAGUCAGUAGGUGACCCUGAGUAAGGAUAAACUGUGCCGGGUACAAGUUGAGGGAGAAAUGAGGAGGAGAAGUGUAGCGGUAGGGAGAUGACCAUGAUACCAGAAUGGGACUACGUGGGAUCACACGAUCAAUUCGGAGGGAACACCCGAAUUCGUUGGCAUAUUCUUCAUUGGAAUUUCAGCUUUGUAAAAGAUAAAUAAUCAAAGCAUGUAACAGCAGAAAACAGAAAGAGCUAUUUGGCUGUA